AAACAGCAGCAGCGAUGGAUCGAGUGAGGUCCACCUUCAACAGCCUGAUUAAAAGCGAGCGCUACAGCAGGUUCACGCUGCAGCCGGCGGAGGACGGAGAGAGACACGUCGAGGUGAAGCUGUCCGACGGCGAAGCAGAUGACACCACGGAGGUCACCACGGAGGUCACCACGGAGGUCGUGGGCCAGGACGGCGGCUCCCCGAGCUUCAGGCCGGCACCACCACGUCAGAGCCGGCGUCAUAUUUACUUCAUGGCCCUGGCAACCCUGCUGGUAUUUGUAACUGGUUACCUGGCUGGUUACAUCAGCCACCGUAAAGUGGAGCCACUGAACACGGAGCCGGGGACCACAGGAAGUCCAGUACCAGUGACCCCGCCCCAUCUUGUACCGGUGACCCCGCCCCCUUUUGUACCAGCUCCAGAUUUGCCGCUGCAGUGGAAGGACAUCGCCGGACUCCUGAAGCAGAAACUCACCAGCCAGGCCUUCAACCAGAGUCUGAGAGACUUUGAUCUGCCCAGACGAUCGGCAGGAAGUGUGGAGGAUGCAGCUCUGGCCAUCCGCAUCUUUGAGGAAUUCAAGCAGCUGAAAAUGGUCCCGUGGAGGGACGUCCACUACGUCCAGCUGCAGACGCCGAACAGCACACGUCCAAACCGUGUCCUCUUUGGGUCGCAUGUCUUUGAGCCUGCCGGGUAUCUGGCCUACAGCAAGACAGGGACAGUUCAGGGUAAACUGGUUUAUGGAAACUACGGUCGUCAGGAGGACCUGGAAGUUCUGCAGAAGAAGAGCAUUGAGCUGGAAGGCAGCGUCCUGCUGCUCCGCAGAGGAAAGCUCACGUUUGCAGAACAGGUGGAUAAUGCUGCAAGAAAAGGAGCCGCUGCUGUUUUAAUCUACCCUGACUCUCAAGAUUACAAUUAUCAAGGGGACACAGAUCUAUAUGGACACGUCCAUCUGGGUUCAGGCGACCCGUACACGCCGGGAUUCCCCUCCUUCAACCACACCCAGUUCCCCCCCACUCAGUCGUCUGGCCUCCCCAAGAUCCCAGCCCAGACCAUCACUGCCAGCAUGUCCACUAGGCUUCUACAGAAUAUCGGCGGCCCUGAGGCGGAUGCGAGCAGCGGCUUCAAAGGCGGCUUCCCCUCCGUGUCUUACAGACUGGGAGGCAUCGAGAACGUCACCGUGGAAGUGAACAACGUGCUGGUCAACACCAAGGUCCUCAACGUGUUCGGAGUCAUCAAAGGAUUCAUCGAUCCUGAUCGCUACGUGGUCCUGGGAGCUCAGAGAGACGCCUGGGGCAAAGGCUACGCCCGAGCCGCUGUGGGCACGUCUGUCCUGAUGGAGCUGGCCAAGGCCGUGAAAGAGAUGGUGCAAAACGAAAGAUUCAGGCCGAGGAGAAGCAUCGUGUUUGCGAGCUGGAGCGCUGGAGAGUACGGGAAUGUUGGUGCCACCGAGUGGUUGGAGGGUUAUAUGUCCUCAAUUGACAAAAGUGUCUUCACCUACAUUAGCCUGGAUGGAAUAGUUUUGGGUCGAGGCAGCUUCUCGGCCUCAGCUAGUCCGCUGCUCCACAGCCUCAUCGAGAACACCAUGAAAAUGGUGAAGAGUCCAAACAGCCCUGGAACCGUGUACGACAUGAUGAGACAAAGCAAGUGGGAGGAAAAUACACUCAAGCCGCUGUCAGUGGACGACCCCGCCUACACCUUCGUGGCUUUCUCUGGAAUUCCUGCUGUGUCUUUCCACUUCAUCUCUCCCAAUACCGAGUCCUACCCUUACUACGGCACCAACCUGGACAACAUGGAUCACCUCAACUACCAAACCAGUCAGCACGCCAGUGAGAUGACGGCGGCGGCGGCCCAGUUCGCCGGCCUCAUGGCCUUGAGACUGGUCCACGACCACCUGCUCAGUCUGGACGUGACCCGCUACACCGACGUGGUCGAUACGGCUGUGAUGAAGGUCUACAAACGCAUCAACCAGCUCGUACAGUCCGGUCAGCUGAAGGGCGUGAGCACCACCUGGCUGAGCGGUGCACGAGGAUCCUUGAAGAGGGCUGCACAGAGCAUCGGAAGGACCAUCGACAACAGUGACCUAGAAAACCAGAAGAGCUGCCGGACCAUCAACGACAGGAUCAUGAGGGUUGAGCGGAACCUCCUCUCUCCGUACGUGUCGCCUACGGAGACCCCCUUCCGCCACCUGCUGCUGGGCCGCGGCCCCCACACGCUGGCGUCCAUCGCCGAGGCCACGGACAUGGAGCAGCUCCGCGUCCAGCUGGCCCUCGCCACCUGGAACCUGCAGGACUGUGCUCAGGCCAUGGUGAACGACCUCUGGGACAUCCACGACACGAUCUGA